CAUCCACUCUAACAAAAAAGGCCUAUCCCCAUCUACCAACAACUUAUUCAGACCUAAGAACUUCCUUCUUUAUAUCUCUUUCUCUGCAUUUUCCGGCUUCCAUUUCGAUCCCUUUUCUUCUGCUGCAACAAUGGCGAAAACCCAACUCUGUUUUCUUUUCCCUUUGCUUCUUGCUUCCAUUUUCCUCUCCAAUCACCCUGUCCAAUGCGACGACGAUGAUCUUCAUAGAGGCAUCAACAGUUAUCGUCAAUUCUUGAACUUGACAGCACUGGUUGAGAACGACAACGCAGAGUGCCUUGCCGAAGAAAUUGCUGAGAAAUUCAAAAAUCAACCUUGUACAAACACCACAGGUUCCAACACAAUAUCUGGAACAGAACCUCAGUUUUCUGACUUUCCAAACCUGUUAGCCAAAUGCAAUUUGAAUGUCUCCAACACAAGAGAUGGAACCAUAAUGCCUGCUUGUGUUCCAAACCGUGUUGCUGAUCUUGUUCUUACUAACUUCACAAAAUCUCAGUACUCGGGUAAACUUAACGAUACCAAGUACACGGGAAUCGGCAUUGGUACUGAAGACAACUGGGUCGUCGUUGUUCUUACCACCAGCACAGCAGAAGGAAGUUUUGCGCCAGCAGUAGGAUCAACAGCCACUCCCGUUUCUAAGAUUGGUUUGUUCUCUCAGUUGCUGUUCUUGAUUCUUUCUUUUGUCUUGCUAUUGUGAGGAUUUGCUUGCCUUGUCUUGCUUGGAUUUUACUACUUCUAAUCACCAGAUCCUUUUUGCUACACGAUGCAAUACAAUACAAACUAUAAUAUGAUAUUUGUACUUUACAUGUUUUAAGUAAUUUUCAUGCUCA